AUCGUUUCGACAAUCGUCAUUCUCCAGGACUCUUCUUCUCCUUUCCCAAUUUGACGUUCUUUCAUUUUUCCCGUUAUCCAGACACACUCGCGAAAAUGGCGGCUCACUCUUCUUGCAACUUUGCUUUGACGAAUCCGAUCAUCUCACAAAUCGAUUCUUUCUCUAAGAAGAAACUAUCUGUUCCAUUAUACUUCUUCUCUACAAGAAAAGCAUUGACGAAUCCUUGGUUAGGCGUUGUUGAUUCAUCCCUCUCUCUCACUUCUCCAGUCUCCGCUCUACAAACUAAUCGCCCAAGAAGAAUCCAUAAAUCCGCCAUCUCCAGCUUACCCACCGCGAAUCCAGAUUUAGUGGUUUCUGAUGCGAAAAAGCCCAAAUGGUCAUGGAGGGCAAUUAAAUCAUUUGCAAUGGGAGAGCUUGAAGCUAGGAAGCUCAAGUAUCCAAAUACUGGAACUGAAGCACUUCUCAUGGGUAUUUUGAUUGAAGGAACUAGUUUUACUUCAAAGUUUUUGCGGGCGAAUAAGAUUAUGCUUUACAAAGUGCGUGAAGAAACGGUCAAGUUACUAGGAAAGGCAGAUAUGUAUUUCUUUAGCCCGGAACAUCCUCCUUUAACUGAAGAUGCUCAAAGAGCACUUGACUCUGCUCUGGAUCAGAAUCUAAAAGCAGGUGGUAUCGGGGAAGUAAUGCCAGCACAUAUACUACUUGGGAUUUGGUCUGAAGUUGAAUCUCCAGGUCACAAGAUACUGGCAACUCUUGGUUUCACUGAUGAGAAAUCUAAAGAGUUAGAGUCUUUUGCCUCUGAAUCUGGCUUUUUAGAUGAAUAGUAUAUUACAUCCAUAUCAUUUCUCCAUUAAUGCAAAAUCUCCAAGUUCAUAGUUGCUGUUUGCAAUAAUAUUCGUAUGUGUUCGUCUUUGCUCAUUCUUAUUUUCGGUUCUUUGUUUCGCCUUUAAGACUUUAAGCUUUUUUCACAAAAACUACUAACACUUGAUCCUUAAGCUUUACUUGCUAUAUAGCUUCUGGACUUCAGUUGUUAUUGGCAUUUCUUUCCCCAGGCCAGUUUUUUAUCUAGACGAUUGACGAUUUUACAAUGUUAUGUGAGUAAACCCUAAAUCUUGAUUAAAG